GUCUUACUUAUUGACAAAUACAGUGCAAUUGGAAUAAUAUGUUUCUCUUUUCGCUCAUCAUUUCUACCCAUUUGGCUGUAGCCUUAUCGAGGCCACAGGAAUCUGUGGCAGCUGCCGGGCAGUCCGGAUCUACACCAAUUGCUAUCAUUAGCCAAAAUGAAGAAAUCAACCCUGACGGUAGCUUUAAAUUUAGCUAUGAAACUGCAAAUGGUAUUAAAGUGGAUGAAACUGGAUAUUUGAGGGACGACCCAAGUUCUACAGAUAAAAUACAAGUAAUUGAAGGAUCCGUUUCGUAUACAGACAAUGAUGGAAAAGUUAUUUCAUUGAGGUAUGUCGCCGAUGAAAAUGGUUUCCAACCAGAGGGUGAUCACUUGCCUACACCUCCAUCUCUUCCCUCAGGAGAAGCUCAAGCAAAAACCCUAUCUCAACAACCAUCAGCUUCUGUUCCAGUCCAGAAAGCGGCUGCUGCUCCAGUCCCGAAAAUAGCAGUUGCUCCAAUAGCAGCCAUUGCCUCAGAACAACCAGCAGUGGUAACAUCUCCAGCGAUUGUUCCUACUUCUGAAUCAGAGACCCAAACAACAGCAUUGUAAUAAUAAAUUUAUCAUAAUUAUGUAUGAAUAUCACAAUUAUAUAAAUUAUUUGCAAUUUUUAUAACGCUUUUA